AUGCCGAAGUGGCCGGAUGGCUUCGCCCGCACGCCGAAGAACCCCCUCUUGUUCUUGGGGAACUUCUUCGGCAGCAAGGCGCAGCGGGGCGGCGACGGUGGGCGAGGUGGCGGUGCGGGACGACACGCGGGGCUGCGGUGCGGGGCGGCCGCGUUGGUGGAAUCGAACAGUGACGGUGUGGGGAUGCAGUACGGGGCGGCAGGUGGGGCUGUGGACGGCAUCGGUCGAUUCGAUGGUGCGGUGGUGGAAUCGAACGGCGGUGGUGGUGCGGGGAGAAGUGUUGUGAUAUCCCAGCCAGCCUUCUCCCCGAAAACCCUCCCUUUUCUAACCCCAAAAUGUCGACCGCGCUCGCGCUCGCGCUCACCCCCGCCUGAAGCUGUCGCCUGCCCACCUCACCUCGGCUCGCGCUCGCGCUCGCGCUCACCCCCGCCUGAAGCUGUCGCCCGCUCACCUCGCCUCGGCUCGCCGUCGCGAUCCUCCUCUCCCGGCUGUUCCACGGCGCCUCUUGCUCUCUCCCGGCAUCGACACGACAUCUACCGGCAGGUCGUGUUCCUCGGAAGCGGUGGAGUUGCCCGCCCCUUUUUAUGCAAACCGAAGGAUGGUCUCAGGAAGGAGAAGGAUGCACGCGUGAUGGAGUUCAACGCCGUGAUCAACCGUCUCCUCUCCAAAGUUCCUGAGAGCCGCCGCAGGAGAAAGCUCUACAUCAGAACCUUGGCGGUGGUUCCACUCACAGAAGACUGCGGACUGAACAUGAUGGACGGUUUGGGCAUCGCUGGGAGGGUGUCGUGUUUCUGAAGGUGUGCUGUCGGUGCUGAGGGGCGGCAAGGAGGCUCUGAUGACCCGCUGGUGGAGUGGACCAAGACCAGCAAGUCCAGCGGAGGGGAGCUAGGUCCGCAAUCCACAGGCACAGCACAGGGAUGACCAACAUCGUACAUUACGCUGAAGCCACUGCAUGUACUACAUGCAUAUUUGACCACCGCUAAGCAAACUGUGUCUCUCUUGUGCUAAAAACAAACCGUUUUCGAAUUCUUGCAGAGGGCCAUCGCGAACAUCACGGCGAGGCUCCAGGGAGUGGCCUCCGUCCAGGGCCAGGCCUAGCGGCUGAUUGCUGAGGCGGUCUCCCACAAGAACCUGGGCUGGUGGAUUCCCUGGUUCUAAAAGUUGUAACAGUCUCACAUGUCCUUCCCUCCCUCCUCCGACGCUGCUAAUGUGUAUCUGCUAAUGCGAGCGCGGCGGUGCCAAGCAUUGAGCUGAUCUCGGAGUAGCUCAGGCUUGCCAUUAUGUACCUCGCCCCUGGGUGCCGGCGCCGUCACCGUGCCGCCCUGUUUUGUUUGGAUAUAGCAGAGAAGAAAGCACAAGCUGUAAGGCAAAGAAGUUAUCAGAGAAGAAGGCACAAGCUGUAAGGCAAAGAAGUUAGCAUUUGUCCUUGAGGGAGUAGAUGAAGCAGAGGUGAAUUAGUAACUAAGCAAGUGACAGUAGAGAAGAACUAGAAAGGUGCAAGUUGAGGAAAAAUGAAUAAAUAACCUGUUAUUUCUGCCCAUAGCGAAGCUAAUGCUCAAGUUUCUGAGUACUCCAAGAA